AUGGGAAAAGUUCACGGAUCUCUCGCACGUGCAGGAAAAGUCAGGUCGCAAACUCCUAAAGUCGAACCGCAGGAGAAGAAGAAGACGCCGAAGGGCCACGGUGCGUACUCGCUUCGAAUUCACUUCGCGUCGAUAUUGGAACCCAUUUGCUUUAUAUUUAGCUUCGUCAAUGUAACUGCUUUACAACAGGGUGGCAAGCGAAAGAUGUGA